AUGCUAACCUCCACACCCACAGAUGCCUCCGAUGACCACUACUCCUCCGCCUCAGAAGGCGCCCACUCUCCCAUCCCCACCACCCGUGUUGAGCGGGUGGACGACACCGCCGCCCAUGGUGAGGUCCCCAACACACCCGCCUACAACUUGCGCCUCCAAGAUGCCGUGCCCGACGAGAUCGAGGUGGUGCCUGAAGGCCAACGAUCGCGCUCCAACACUUCAAGAAGCAGAAGCAGGGAUAUAGGGGGCGACUCCGGAACUCGCACCCCCGGCGGUACUCCCAUUCCCAAGACGGUGGUGGAAAAGGUCGACUUUAUUCCCAGCCACGGCGAGGUGAAGGGGACGGCGGCGAAAGAGAUGAGGAUGGCUGAUGCGGUUCCUGAUGAGAUACGAAGAGCGCCGCAGGAGUCGUCGCAGAGCUUUGAGGCCACGGACGAAGUAGAAAAUGAGGAGGGACGACAACAGUGGUUUAGGAAUAUGUGGGAGCGUGACACCCGGCAAAACCCCGACGAGCAAGAGCCUCCGGAAGAAGAGGAUCCUCCUAAUGAGGAUGGCAAGGACGGCUUCGGAGAUGAUUUCGACGAAUUCACAGAAGGCGAAGAGCAUGAUGAUUUUGGCGAUUUCGACCAAGCGGAGGAUGAAACAUCUCAAAUACCAACAUCUACACUGUCCACGGCCCAUGACACAUUGUCUGGCCUUCCACCCCUCAAUCUCUCCACUUGCACCACAUCCGCCGAGAUAGAAGAAGCCAUCACGCCCUACAUCAACGCCAUCCUCCCCAACUCGACACCCGUAAUCAGCAAAUCCGACGCCACCCUCAUCGACGCCUCCCACUUCCCCGCAUUCCAAUCCGAGCGCUCUCUGUCACUCUGGCAACAACUCGUCUCCCCGCCUCCCAUGCAGCCCCCGGAUUGGACUCGGUCAAGGAUCCGCCGGCUAUUCCUCGUUAGUCUCGGCGUGCCAGUCGACCUGGAUGAGAUACUCCCGCCGAGUAAACAGAAACGACUCAUCCUGCCCUCCAUCGGACUAGAUGGAGAUGCGCGUCCCGGCUCAGCAAUUGAUCGACUCCGAGAAAGGGGAGGCGGGAACGAGUCGUCCACAUCGUUGGAUUCAAAGACUGGCGCACCGAAAAAGUCAAGGCGCGCUGCCGCACCGACAUCCCAAAAAGGUCCGCUCCCGCCACCCGACUUUGACCUGAAUGCUGCUACUUUGCUCUGCUCCACCACCGUCGAAGCACUCAGUGUUUAUUCUGAUCCGGAGCUGAAGGAUCAUGUCUUCACGCUGGAGAUUCUCAACAAGAAAGCGAGUACGGUGCUGGAGUAUUGGUUGCAGAGGGUUGAUGAGAGUCUGAAGGAAAAGGAGGCUUUGGAAGGGGUGAUUGAGAACCUGGUGGGGUUCGUGAAGGGGCGGAGAGGGAAGUAAGACCACGCCGAAUCAAAAGGAUAUCCUCCAUGGCAGUAUUACCCUUUCCCUCAUUCGUCCAUUUUUUUUUUUCGCUCGCGAGGCUGAGGCAAAUAUGUCUUUGCAUGCGGGAACUCAGCUUGUUCCCGUGGUUGACAUGCUUGGCCUUACUAAUUGCGAUGCUUUCGUGGAUUCACGCCGGCUUGCUCACUCUCGAAUCCUCCUUGAUUGGGCUUUGGUCGGAGCGAACUAUACAUCGCCGCGCUGCCUUGCCACUGUGCAGAAGAGAUGGCGCGCGAGAGCCAGGA